UUUGAAAAAAAUGGAGAAAAUAGAAGAAGAAGCAGUAGAUCAGCUACUAGGGAAAACAGUGGAAAACAAACAAAUCAUAUUCAAAGGAUAUAUUGAAGGAAUUCCAAAAGAAAGUGAUAUGGAGUUGAAAAUUGGUAAAAAAUUGAAUCUUGAAAAAGUUCCAAAAGGGUCAAAUGGAUUAUUGGUGAAGAAUUUAUACUUGUCUUGUGAUCCUUUUAUGCGUGGACGGAUGCGCAAUUUCACGGGGUCUUACCUCCCUCCUUUCGUUCCAGGAGAGGUAAUUGAAGGAUUUGGCGUCUCCAAAGUUUUAGACUCGGAUAAUCCAGACUUCAAACCAGGUGAUAUAGUCUCAGGUUUCACUGGUUGGGAAGAAUACAGCUUAAUAUACAAUACCGAGCAGCUGAGGAAAACUCAGGCGGAUGAUAUGCCUCUGUCGUAUCAUGUCGGUCUUCUUGGCAUGCCAGGUUUUACAGCUUAUGCUGGAUUUUACAAGGUUUGCACACCUAAAAGAGGGGAUUAUGUUUUCGUUUCUGCUGCCUCGGGAGCAGUUGGCCAGCUCGUUGGCCAACUCGCGAAGUUACAUGGAUGCUGCGUCGUAGGAUGUGCUGGGACAAAACAAAAAGUUGACAUAUUAAAGAGUAAGCUUGGAUUUGAUGGAGCAUUCAACUAUAAGGAAGAAGUAGAUCUUGAUAAAGCUCUCAAAAGACAUUUCCCCGAGGGGAUCGACAUUUACUUUGACAACGUUGGCGGAUCCAUUCUGGACGCAGCAUUGCUCAACAUGAGGAUCCAUGGCCGGAUUGCCAUUUGUGGAAUGGUUUCUCAGCAAAGCCUUUCUAAUCCACAAGGUAUACACAACUUGUUUCAGCUCAUCACUAAGCGCGUUAAGAUGCAGGGCUUUCUCCAGAGCGAUUAUCUACAUCUAUUUCCGCGCUUUCUUGAAGACGUUACUAGGUUGUACAAGCAGGGAAAUAUUACAUACUUAGAAGACAUGAACGAAGGCCUCGAGAGUGGUCCUUCUGCCUUUGUUGGACUGUUUUCUGGACGGAACAUGGGUAAACAGGUCAUCCGUGUCGCUCACCAUUGAUCUUAAUCCAAACCCCUCGAGUUUCUUUCUCGAGACAGAGAUCUUACUUCUACCUCCGAGCUUAUCAUGACCUUCCCUGUUAGCACAAAAAGACCAUUUUUGCAUCAGGAACAAGGCCUAUGUAGACCAAGUUGUAAACUGAUGAGACAAUGAACACUAAUUUUUCUGUAGUUAGGUAGUUAAUAUAUCAAAUUCAUGCAUUAUAUUUUCGUAUUAUUAAUCGCUGCAUUGCUAA